GUGGGUUUAAUGGAGCUCCUUCUGGUGUUACUGUUCCUCCUCCUGCUUUACGUUAUAAUAGCACUGUGUCUAACCAGUUCAGUUGUCCUGGUAGCUAUCUCAAUUGCUCUGCUAACAGUGUGAUGGGUUCUUGUCCUAAUGGAUAUGCUACUGUUACAUGUCAGAGAGUGUGUGCUGAUUCUGAUAACUCUACUCUAUUCAACAAUCAAACGACUGUGGUUGAUGGUAUUAACUAUUACAUUGGGAUACCACAGUUCUGUGUGGGGGGAACAUAUGCCAGGGUAUGUAAUGAUGGCACUAAUCAUCCUGGGUAUGGGUCAAUUUUCUGCAGAGGAGCUGGAUUUGCAUUUGGUGAUCUCCUUCCUUCAAAUUCAAGUCUUGCCCAGACCCUGUACAGUGGGUCCCCCCAGGGGAUAAUCUAUUUGAGUAACUUUACGUGUUCCGGUGAUGAGAAUUGUGAUGAGAACCCAUCAUUUGCCACUAAUCCACAGUGUUACACUGGACAGUUGGAAACUAUUUUAAGAUGCUCUCCUGGAACACCUUGUAAUGGGUCUAAACUGUAUCUCCAUAAUAACAUGACAAGAAUAGUCAAUGGACGUGAGAUAGUCUCUGGCAUACCGCUUAACUGUAUUGAUGGAGCAUUUUAUGCUUCUCUCUGCAAUGAUGGAUCUCACACCCAAGCAGGUUUGAAUUACUUAUGCCAAUCAAUGGGAUUUGACAACACUAGUGUUACUCUUCCACAUAAUUCUUCAGUGUAUGGUCGUACACCAGUAGGUACAGCCUAUUAUUCUUCUUUCUCUUGUCCUCCUAAUGCUAAUACUGUUGAUGAUUGUGAUGCUAUAUCAUCAACUAACCAACAGUGCUGGACUGGUACAAUGGACCUAGUACUGAAAUGCUCUAGAGCUGCUCCCAUUGUCACUCCUUCAGCCACUCCUUCAGCUACUACCACACCAACUCCUUCUGGCUCUACUUCAGUUCUUGCUAAUGGAGUUACUGUUAGUGUAUUGGUAGCUCUGAUACUGGCUGUGCUGCUGCUGUCAUAAUCUCUUUAAAAUGACAGCAUAAUUGACUAAACUGUAGCUAGCUGUAUAGAUCGCAUACUUAAUAUCCUUUCAUUGUUGUAGU